ACUCUAUUACCGAUAUCAUUUUACUAUGAAACGUAGAUUUGUGCCACAAUGUAACCGUGUUUUACGCCAGUAUAACAUGCAUUUCAAUGUCAAUGGUGGUGAAAUAGUUUUUUACAAAAAAGUUCCAAAAAAGUUUCAAGAAGGUUUUGAGAGAUAUCGUCAGAUGUAUUAUACAAAGAAGAAUCAGAGGGCAAAAGAAAGAGAAGAAAAAGAAAAAAUGGGAAAAUGA